UCCGGCUCCGGCUCCGGCUCCGGGCUCGCUGUCAGGAAGGUGUAGCUUUUUGCUUUUGGAGGGGGAAGGUGUGGUUUAUCCGGGCUCCAACCUCAGAGGCCGCCGGGACCUCCUCUGCGCUCUCAUUCGUGCAUCCAUUCAGGCAUUCGUGCACGCACUGAAUGUGUGCGUGGAGGGAUUACAACAGUAAUUGAUGCCGGGCGCUUGUCGGGUUCCAGGCGGCGUGCUAAGAGCUGUGCAUGGCUUACCUCUUGUAACCCUCACAGCAACCCCAUGGCACAGAGGAAAAUGUCUAUAAGAACAUGGAAGAAUCACAGGAAACCCACAUAUCCAAGUACUUAGAUGAAAUUGUGGCUGCCGUCAGCAUCACGCCGAGAAGGAAGUUCGCCAACAAGUUGCCUCAGACGGUCCUCUUCCAGCCUCCCCGGGAGAAACUCCAGCUCUGUGAAGAGAAAGCAAAGUCCUACGCCAGCCGACACGAGUAUAAGCAGGCGAUCCAGGAGCUCGUACGCUGCGUAGCAUUGACCAGGAUCUGCUAUGGCAGCUGCCACUGGAAACUAGCAGAGGCGUAUGUUAAUCUGGCCCAAGGCUACCUCCAGCUGAAAGGACUGUCCCUGCAGGCCAAGCACCACGCAGAGAAAGCCAAAGAAAUCCUCACCCACUCCAUCGUGCCUCCCUAUGACGACAACACGGAUGUUUUCCGGUGUUCCAUUGAGCUAUUUCAUACCCUGGGGAGAGCCCUACUCUCCCUUCAGAAAUUUAAGGAGGCCGCAGAGAACCUGGCGAAAGCAGAGAGGCUUUCAAAGGAGCUGCUGCGAUGUGGGAGGAUCGUGAAGGAAGAGUGGAUAGAAAUCCAGGCUCGGAUCAAACUGUCAUUCGCGCGGAUGUAUCAAGGCCGGAGGAAAUUCGAAGAAGCUCUGCCCCACUACCAAGAGGCUCUGGAGCACACGGAGAGCAGCAGAGGGGAGAAGAGUCUUGAAUGCGUGCCGGUGCUGAGGGAGCUGGCAGGCGCCGAGCGGGCCCUGAGGCUCCACGACGCGUCCAUCAACCACUUCCUGCAGGCGCAUCUCAUCGUCCUGAGCGGAGAGCCGUCCGCAGAGGAGGCCGGGGAGUCCGCCCACUGUGUCGCCCGCGCCGCCGUGGCUUCCGGGAGGCCCGAGCACCACGAUGUGGCUGAGCGGUACUUCCGAGAGAGCCUGGCUCACCUGAAGGAUGCGGAAGGGAUGGGAAAAGCCAAGUUCCUCUCAGUUCAAGAUGAAUAUUGCCAUUUUCUGCAAGGCGCUGGGCAAGAAGAGAGAGCGACCUCGAUCCUGAGGGAGUCCCUGGAGGCCAAAGUGGGGGUGUUUGGUGACCUCAGUCCCGAGGUGGCAGAGACCUACCGGCUCCUGAGUGGCGCCGACCUGGCGCAGGGGAACCACAGCGGGGCCCACAAGAAACUGAACAAGUUGUCCUGGAGAAGGAUGAUGGUAGCUUGCUCCAAGACAGUGGCCAGGGGAUGGAGCAGAGUCGUGGGGGAGUCGAGGGGUGUCGAUAAGGAUAGAGAGCUCACGGCACUUGGCAACACAGAGUGUCUCCAGAUUCAGACCCUCCUGUACGGACCGCAGGACAGGCGGACGCUGGCCACCCAGCAGGCCCUGGACGUGCUGUCCAAGGCCCCCGAGAUGGCCACCGUGAAGCUGAGGUCGGCCCCGAGAGCCAGACCGGCCUUCUGCCCCGGCGCGGCCCAGCACGCGGCGCCCGGGAGGGCCAGGCCCCACGCGGCGGACUGAGACGCACCGCACCCCAAGGACAGCUGGGCAGGCCCGGGCGCUGGCCACACGCCUCCCCAACCGGGAGGUGGCAUCAGCAGGCACCGUGCCAGUCCUCAAGGCGGGCUGGGCCCCCGCGCCUCCGGGCCGUGCUGGCAGGGCGUGGCCUUUCUUGGCCUCUGGUGCGCCCAGAAGCCGUUCCCUCUUUACCUCCGAAGUGGUUCUUCCUGCCAACAAACACCUUUCCCCAUCAGCACGACGGUGGCCCGAGGGCUCCUCUCCAAGAGGUCAAGGCUUCCCACGCGGGGGAAAGAGACUCGGCAUCUCACUGCGCACACACAGCCACAGCCCCGGUCAGGGGUCCGAUUUGGAGCAGUUCAAUGCUGGGAAAAGCCCUUUCUCACGGGAAGGUGAUGGGGAUGGAGAAUAAAACGCUGAUAAGAGCUUGAAGGUGCUGGAGUCGGUAUGUGUGGGCGGUGCUUCCUCUCCCG